AUGUCGAUUUCUGCAACGUACUCCAAAAAUGAGGUCGUGGAUAAAGAAUUCCAAUACUCCCCAGAAGCUGAGGAUGGCGAAAAGAAAAUGUUGGGAACUCUGAAAAAUAAUUUACGGUCGUUGCAAAACGAUAUCAAUGCACAUCUUACAUCAUUACUCAAGGCUGCCGGUGCCGAGGAUGUCGGAUUUGAGUAG